AACGACCAACCAAAACACCCUGCCUCCAAAUCAUUUUUCCGCCUUCUAUCACCAUCUUCUUUUUUCCUACCUUGUUCCACCGAGGGAACCCUCACACCAUCGGCCUUCACCUUUCGUCGUUUCCAUGCCUCAUCCGACAUUUCGAGGUUUGGCUCUUCUCAACUAUUUCUCUUCUUCACAUGCGCGCUUUCAUUUUACGAGCACCUCUGUUUUGAUUUAGGUUGGGAAUGAUAAGUUGUUCAGCGGAGCAUUGAUGACACCUCAUUUAUAAUGUUUGUCACUCUCAUUCUUGAUACAUUUCCCCUUCUACCAAUGCAUCUUUAGUCAUUUCAAUUAUAUUUUCUUAUCUGAAUCAUAACUAUUUGAUCAAUUAGCCUUUAAUAGACCCAAUAUAUGUUUUUUUACUCUUCGAUGCCUUCUGGGUAUGUUUUAGUUGGUUUUGAAGGUAUAAAGCAACACAGGGAAGUUUGGGUCAAGAGAGAACUCUAGAAGACCAAAAGAGCUAUAAAGAAAAGAAUAUGGAGUUUUUGUGAGAAAUAUGAGGUCCAAUGAUGGAGAAGUCAACUAAAAGUUGCUUAACAAUCUCAAGACAAGCCCAUAGAAAGAAGACUCGCCCCAAAUUGAUGAAGAAACUAGCGCAGACCCAGCAUUAUGUCCAACCGCCGUCGGAGGAGGCUUGGUCAAGAGGUUUCCAAACUGCAAGAGAAGAUACAUGACUAUUUUGAAAUUGGGAUGGCUCAAAUGAGCCUAGCAACAAGCGUUGUCGUCCAAAAAACCAUAUAGAUGACUAGGAAAUGAGGUAAUAGCAUUUUGUGCUCCUCUACUAUCGCAAAUUAAUAAACAUGCUUAUACUAUAUUUUUGCACAGAUGCACCCUUCUAAUACCACAACGUAACGAAAAUACCAUUCUGUUAAAAAUACUGUGAAGUGGCUGUUAACUAGGGUGUGAAGCGACCCAAUCACCCCUAAACUGAAAUUAAAAUUUAAUGCAAACGGAUUAAAAAAUCCCUAAUAUAUUUCACAAAAAAUCCGUAAAUCUAAUCUCAUUCUCCCCCAGAGCGCUCGACGACCUUACCACCCAGUCCGAGGGUUACCUUCCCACCCACUCCGGCGUUCGCUCUUCACCUCCGCCGUCCACAAAAUCCUACUGGCGCGCUGCUACUCGUUGGGCGCCAAGCUGAUCUCCGUCCACCAACUCUGUUAGCGAACUAACCACUUGGCCCCAAUAACUCGAGUUGUUGGGAAAGGGAUAAUUAAGCCUUUUAACCUCUUAUACGCCCCCUCAAACGAAAGCCGAUGCCGAAUUGUGGAUUUUUACGGUUUGCACAGGUUGAAACCUUGUGCUGCCAAACCACGAGGCUUUAGUUUGCACAGGUUGGACAUACCAUCCCUUGUGCUAAACAAAUGGCUGAAAAUGGGGGUCGUCAUGAGGAUUCGAAACCAUGACCUUUCGAUUCUAGGCUCUGAUACCAUGUUAGCGAACUAACCACUUGGCCCCAAUAACUCGAGUUGUUGGGAAAUGGAUAGUUAAGCCUUUUAACCUCUUAUAAACUCCGCCGACACCUAUCUGAUCGCGAAGCAGAAUCGGACCUAGCAACGUAGGAGCAAAACUUCUGCGUUGGCGACGGAGGAGCGGUCAACAUCGGUCUCUAUUCAGAUGGAGGGAAGGUGGCCGCAUGAGUGAUUACUCCCUAUUCAGAUGGCGGGAGAAGGCUACCUCGAGCGUCACUGGAGGGAGGCUUUCGCUUGAUCGUGUUUGCCGGCUGCAACUUCACCAACGUUUGGACAAGAAGCAAUUGUGAGGGGUGGGGUUUUCUCACAAGUGAAAAUGGAGGGAUGGUCGGAUGGAACAAAUGACAUUUAAUUAGGAAAUUUUGAAUUUUCUUGGACUCAAUUAUAUUAAAUUAUAGUUUUAAUUAGGGGUAACACGAUCAUUUUCCAUCCCAAUUAACGACCACUUGACAAAAUUUUCAACGGAAAGGUAUUUUCAUUACGUUGUGGUAUUAGAAGGGUACGUUUGUGCCAAAAUAUAAUACAGGGGCACAUUUGUUAAUUUGCAAUAUUAUAGGGGCAUAAAAUGCUAUUAACCCUUUGGGAAAUACAUUUUAAAAUGGUUAUAUACUUAUAUUUUGAAUUUACUUCUUCUAUGUAUUAUUUUUGUAAAUAACUCUCCAUUGAGAAGCACUUAAAAAAAAAGUUUAGCGUUUAGCUGAAAAAAUAGUAGAAGUGCAUUUUAAUAUAAGAGGCUAUGUAAUAUGACUAUAAGGGAAUUAUAAUAUAAAAUUAAAAUUGUAAAAUGGAUUUUGGUUUCUUUUAUAUUAAAUAAAUUAUAGAAAAUUAUAUUUUCUGCCAUAAAUUAAAAUAUAGUAAAGAUAAUAUUAUAUUUUUAAAAUAGCUUUUCGCAGAAGCUCCAAAUUGAAACUUCUGCUUUUAUGUAAUAUAAAAACACUUUCCAACUUUUCAAAAGUCGAGCUUUUAGAGGUAUUUGAUCCUACUUUAGUUUUUUAAACCAAAAAACACUUUUAAAAACGGCCCAAACAUAGGCAUAGUCUGUCUAGAAUACUCACAACAAAUAACUCACUUUAAAUCUAAAAAUUAUAAGAUGGUGGAGUUUUGCAGGAUUCUCACCAUUUCAAUCCUUGUUUCUCCUUAAUUGUAAGUAGGGUAUAAAAAUAAUUAUACCUUGACUAUAAAAUAAAAAAGAUUAUCUCCUUAUUUUUAGUAGUGCACGCAAUAAACUCGGAGAGAGAAUAUAAAAGAUGUUUAACAUUUUAAAAAAAUAUUUUUUACAAAAAGGUUUCUUAUAUUUUUUGGAAUAUUAUUUGAUUAUGAACUCUAAAAUUAAUUUAAAAAUGUCUAUAAUAAAAAAAAUUUAUAUUUAUUUUGUACAACACAUUCCUUCAUUUUAUGCUUUUGCAAUAUCAUUUAAUUUUCAUGAUCAAUCUGUGACCCUUUACUAAUAUAAUUUUUAUUAUGUAUUUUAAAUGAACUGAUAGUCUGGUAUUGUAUUGGAUUGUUUUGAGUUUUUUUCUAAAAUUUUUGUAAACUAAUUCUCAUGGAAAAAUUAUUUUUUUAUGACUAUAUCAAUAUAGCUACAAAUUAACAAUUGAGUACUAAUUCAUCCGGAAAAAAUAUAACCACAAAUUAAGUUUUUUAGUAGAAGAUAUUGAAGUUGUGUUUGAUGUUAGUAUUUAAUUAAUAUGAUGGUGUGGUAAAAACUCCAAAAUGCUUAUAGAGUACAGAGUCCGGUUAUGGAUAAUAUAGAUGGUUUACAUACUAUAAAUAUUACUGAGAAAAAAUUAAAUUAGACAAGGUGGUGUUGAUAAUCACUUUUGUUUUCUUAAUAUCUUAGUUCUUUUUAUUUCAUUUUUAUUUCAGGUUUAUUCUUAGUUAAGAUCUCAUUUUUAGAGUGCUUCCUGUUCUCGGUUAAGCUAUAUUGUUUACAAUUAUCAUUGAUUUUCAAUAAUUCUAUAUGAGUUCACAAAAAUAAUUGAUUAAGAGCAUUUAUAGAAUCAAUAUAUGGGGUACAUCACAUCCUUUUUUCUUUAGAAACGGUACAUCACAUCCUUUUGAUUUUAGCAUUAAGGAUAAAUAAUUUAGUAAUCGACUAUUUUUGUAUAAUUAAAACAAUAACAAAUUAAUUUUUUGUUGAUUUAAUAUUUAAUGAACAAUUCAAAAAAUUUUGUAAACUCAAAUAUUCCGGCCAACCAGCGGGGCAUAUGGUAAUAUAUGGGUAGAUGAUGAAGACUACCAGUUGGCCAGGAGGAACCGAGCACCCAUGACUGGCUCUACCCUAUGAGAGAGUUCCUUCACCCAGCCAUAACUGUACCCGCCAAAAACCAACUCCUGCAACUCAAUCGUCGACUCGCCAGUUUGAUUCGUUCCAGCCAUUUUCAAGAUGCGCUCCAUCUGUUCGACGAUUUUCGUUCGUUCCAUCAGCAUCUCAAACCAGACCAGUACACCCUCUCCACAGCCCUCACCGCAUGCGCCAAUCUCCGAAACACCGCGUAUGGCAACGGGCUCCACGCCUACGCCGUUAAAUCCGGCCUGCACUCCCACCUCCACGUUUCGAAUACGCUGCUUCUGCUGCACGCCAGAGCUCGGGAUGCUAGCUCCAUGAAACGGGUUUUCGCGGAAAUCGGAAACCCUGAUGCGUUUUCUUAUACUACGGUGUUGUCGGAGUGUUCCAAGACGGGGGAUUUGAAGUAUGCUUUUGAGCUGUUUGAUAAAUUGCCUCAGAGAGACGUGCCCGUUUGGAAUGCGAUGAUCACCGGGUGCGUGGAGAGUGGGAACGAGGUGAUCGGAUUUGGGCUGUUUAGAGAGAUGAUUAGGUCAGGAGUUAUGCCUGAUAAUUACAGCUUUGGAAGUGUUCUCAGCGGGUGUUGCUCUGAAAGAGUCGAGUUACGGAGCCAGGUACAUUCACUGUUGAUCCGAACUGGUUCUUUGGCGAGAACUUCUGUUGUGAAUGCUCUAAUUACCAUGUAUUUUACUUAUGAAGAAUUCGGUAAUGCCCUCUUGGUAUUUGAGGAAGUAGCAGACGAGUUGCGCAAUCAUAUCACUUACAAUGUUAUGAUUGACGGUUUCCUAAGUGCUUUGAUGGUUGAUGAGGCCAUCAUUAUAUUUAGGGAGAUGCUGGGCUGCUGUCUUAGACCUUCUGAAUUGACUUUUAUGAGUCUCAUCAGCUCCUGCUCCUGCCCUAGAAUCGGAUGUCAAGUUCAUUCCCAAGUUAUCAAAACGGGGUUUGAAGCUUACACCCCUGUUUGCAAUUCACUUAUAUCUAUGUAUGCAAACUUUGGGGACUUGGUUGCAGCUUGCAUGAUCUUUGAGAGACUGGAAGAUAGGGAUGAUGUAUCAUGGAAUGCUAUGAUAUCUGGCUAUGCUCAAUCUAACCUUAGUGGAUCAGCUAUUUCCACAUACAUGGAAAUGCAGAAGACAGAGAUUUUUAGACCUGACGUGUUUACAUAUGGAAGCUUAUUAGCAAGCUCAGAUUCUAUAGCGACUCUGGAGAUGUUUCAUUGCACUGUAAUCAAAAGAGGACUAGUUUCAAGCACUCAGGUGUCAAAUUCACUGAUUUCGGGAUACUGCAAACAUGGCAAUGUGAAAGAAGGACAUAAAGUAUUUCUAGACAUGUCAUCUAGAAGCUUGGUCUCUUGGAAUACUAUCAUGUCAGGUCUCUUGUUAAAUGGGCUUCACAUUCAAGGCAUGCAACAUUUCUCUCGACUAGUAAUGUCAGGAUUUCGCCCGAAUGAAUAUGCCCUCACCAUUGCUUUGAGUCUAUGUGCAAGCAUGUCAGCUAUAGACCAAGUAAAACAGAUACAUGCUUAUAUCCUGAGAUUUUGGUCUGGUCUAAAAGGGGCUUUAGGUAAUGCCCUGAUCACAACUUAUUCGAAAUGUGGCCUUCUUGAUUGGUCUUCGAGGGUCUUCAGUGCCAUGACUCAUAAAGACUUAGUCUCCUGGAAUGCCCUAAUAUCUGCUUAUGCUGAACAUGGAAAUGGGAAAGAAGCUGUGCAGUAUCUCGAAGCAAUGGAACACUUUUCAUUAGGGUUUGGUCCUGAUGAGGCUACCUUCACAACUGUACUCUCUGCGUGCAGCCAUGCAGGCUUGGUUGCUGAUGGCACUCGAGUUUUCCACUCAAUGGUCGAUAGAUAUGGGAUUAAACCCAGCUUAGAUCACUUCUCUUGCAUUAUUGACCUUUUGGGUCGAGCUGGGGAAUUUGGUGAGGUGGAGACGGUAAUAAACAGUGAGCAUUUUAUAGCUCAUCCCAAUAUCUGGUGGACACUGAUCAGUGCUUGUGCUGCACAUGGUAAUUUGGAAUUGGGAAGGCAGGUAGCCGGGUUUCUUCUCGAAACUGAACAACACAAUGCAUCUGUUUAUGUGCUGUUAUCAAACAUAUAUGCAGGCGCUGGUCAGUGGGAAGAAGCAGCUAACGUGAGGCAGCAGGCGGAGAAAUUUGCGACGAUGAAGCAGACUGGCUACAGCUGGGUAUGCACAUAAUACUAUGGCCCUCCAAGUUUUGGAAGGCUUAAGGCUUUCAACACUUAAGUUAGUAAGGAGACUUGGAUUAAGAUAGGGAGAAAUUGUAGAGAACAAGGUGAUCGCCUUCUUUACCCAUGAAAUUGGUAUUCCUUAUAGAGGGUGCCCAGUGUUGUAAACUUGGGGAAGUGUCUGCUUAUCGAGAAUCCAAUGUCAAGAAUCUAUUGUCUGAUGUGGAUGGUAUGCAUGAGUUUCUUCAUUUACAAGAGAUUUUGGCUCGGUUCAGUUUCUAGUUAGCGGACGAUUCCUUCUAAGCUGGUCACUCAUGUAAGCUUGAGCAUUGUUAGUCUGGUCUGAACCCAUGAACUCAUGACCAAAAAUUGAACAAAGGCAACGUCUAUAA